CCGUUCCUCGCAAAGAUGACGUCCCGCUUGCGCGGUCCUUCGGCGGUAAAGGACACGCCAAGGACUGCCUCGUUCGCCAAGGACCAUUUCCAUCGAAGCGAACCGGAAGCGCACUCCGGCCGAUCGUGCAAAAAUGGCGGGCGCGGCAACCGUUAUCACUUCGGUAUGUCAAAACCGCAUGAUAGUAAGACGGAACGGAACGGACGGGAAUACAACAAGGAAGAGAUGGAAGACAAUAACGCCGACUUGUUGUACAAAAAGAGCAAAGAACACUUUGGAGCCUGGAACAUCAAGGACGACACAAGAAGAUCGAGAAGACAGGAUCUCGAGGACGCACAAGUGACGAAUGGAAAGUACAGAAGAGACAGUUCAGAACCCGUGAGUGCGAAAUUCUUGGAUAAGACUCAAGAUCGUUUGGAGUAUCGGGAUGAAGGAUACGUAGGAUCUUUACCAAGGGAGAAUCGACAGAAAGGCGAGUCCGUCGAGCGAGAACUCAAUGGCUCUCAUAGAUCGAGGAGGAAAGAACACUGGGAAGAAAGCGUUGAGACGAAGAAUCGAGGGAAGAUGUGCAAGAUUAGCAGAAACAAUGAUAGCAAUAAUGACACUACGCCCGUCGACGAGAGGGAUAUCCUGCUUAAGGAGAUCGAGAGUUUAGCCAUUGAUGGUAGUCAAUCGCCGGAUCGUAGGAUCCAGGCGAUGAUCGAGCGAUUGAAAUCGCGAGAGGAGAAUAAAUUGCGGUCCAGAAGAGAGCAGAGAACUAAGGUGAGUCCCGAUAAGGAAGUGUACGAUAGGGCGAGAAGCGGCAGUAGGAGUGAUCUACGAUCGCCCAUCAUCGAUCAUUCGCCCGAUAAUCGAUCUAAGGAUCGAAGUAGGAAGCUGAAGGAUGAUCGCGAAGACGAACGCAGAUCGAGCGAAUAUAAGCUACACGGAAAACAUGAUCGAGAUGACUCGGUCCGAUGCGAUCGAUCGACUGAUCGAAGAUCGAGGAGCAUCGAGAGGCAGGACGAAGAUCGCGAGCCUCGAGGAGAUGACACUUUCCGAAAAAGAAGCGAUACUUAUAAUACCGAAAGAAAUUAUCGAAGAAAAUCGAAAGAAGACGAGGAGGCUCGAUCGAGAGAUAAUUCGAAGAGGAGAAAUUACACAUACGAAGGUUCGCCGGAGGACUUUGACGUAAGGAUACAGAGAUACGACCGAGUUCUCGUUGAGCCACGAAGGGACCUGGACAGAAGCUCCCCCAGACGAAGUUCACCCAGAGAAUUGAAUUUAGUUAGGAAGGAAUCUUUGAAGGAAUUCGAUCAAGAGCCGAUAGUCAAGAAGAAUUCUUUUAGAACGGAAUCCAGAAGGGCGAGCAAAGAUUCCGGCGAGUCUAGCUUAACUAGAAAAACAUCGUUUAAGGAUCAAGAUGAUGAUAUAUACAAAAAUCACGUUUCAAAUAAUCAACAUGACACUUCUAUCAAAUACUUCGGCAAGGAUCAAGAAGAUUUAUCUCACAAAAAUUCCUUCAAAGACAAAAAUAUAGAUGUAGAUAGAAAAGGUAUCUACAAAGUACAAGAGCUUGGCAGAACUUUUCUAAAAAGUCAGAACGAUAAUACGGAGAGAAAAAUCUCUUCUCAAGAACACACAAGUGGUGUUAGUAGAAUUAUCCUCAAGAAUUUUGAUGAUGAUUCGAACAGGAAUAAUUCGUUUAAAAAUAUAAGCGAGGAUUCUGAGAAGAAGAACGUAUUUAAGGAAAAGAGCGUUGAGUUUGGCAAGAUCUCUUACAAGGAUGGCGAGAACCACUCAGAGAGAAAGAAGAAUAGUUUCAAGGAUGACGACGAGGAAUUUGGGCAAACAUCUUAUCACGAUUACGAGAACAAUAUCGAUAGGAAAACCGCAAACGAACGCUACAUCGAAUUCGGCAAAAUAUCCUUCAAGACAGAAGAUGACGAGUUACGUCCUUCAAAUUCUUUCAAGGAAGAAGGUAAUGAAGCAGUCGUUCGAACGAGUUCUUUCAAGGAACGCGACGCUUCCUCGAAGAGACGCGCGUUUUCGAGGAAUAAAAGUCGCGAAGCGUUUGAAAGAAAAUCAGAAAGACACUCAAAGCCAUUGACACCACCAAAGAAGGACGAUCCAGAUGAUAACGCCAAGGAAUUAAAAAAUUUUUCCCCAAAAUCCUGGUACAAGAGCAACCGGAUGUUCUCCGCCAGAUAUCUACGUAAUCACAGUAAGCUGCGAAGUGCUCCGGAAGGGCGGCUCGACAUCGACGUCUCGCCCGAGCGAGAAUUUUCGAGUCUGCAAAAUACGAGGACCGGCGCGAUCGAGGCGUCCGCGAACGAUCCUGAAGAGGAUCGCUUCGAGAUCCGCGACAGAAUCGAUUCGGGCGACGAUGGAUCCCCUCAAGUUUUCUCGUCUCGCGAUCGUAACGGCGCCACGAUUAUCAGGAUCCGAUCGUCGGAGGAUCCUGGUAGCGUAGCGGAGAGAGUUCGUCGCCGACGUCGUCCUGUCCAGGAGGUAUGCGUGGCGAGGCGUAGGAGAUACGACGACAAUGACGAGGACAGCGAUGAGGACGAUGAGGAGGAGACUCGUCGGCGAAGGACUCGAAGGGACAGCGGAAUCUUGCCGGGGAGAGGCGGCGGCGAUGCCAACAGCACGACACCCUCGAGAACGAUUUGGAACUAUCGCGAAGGGGGCGUUCUCAUCACAGACGUAGAAGAAGGUCAACCCUGUUUGCAGUGCGGAGAAAGAUGUUCCGGAUUUUCACCACACAUUUGGAGAAAGAACUGCACCAGCUGUAAAUGCCCGCGAGAGGCCCACGAUGUUUGUCACGAAGAGUGGGUGUCUGUUAGGUCACGUUUGGGACUUAAAGGUGAUGAAUCAAAUGGACCCAUUGGUGUGGAUCCCAGAGAAAGAGGCCUCGCCUGGGCACCUCCCGGACUUCCAUCGCAUAAAAUAGAAGAAUAUUUCUCGAUGCUACCAGAGAUAGCUAUACCGAGACUCGGCACGCCUGGCGAGCGACACAGAGACCGUCAGUUGGCGAUCCAAUUGCCUAAACAGGAUCUAGCAAGGGCCUACUGUCGACAUUUGGAUCCCAAACAUGCCAGCAGCGCCGACGAUUUUAUGGCUGCCAGAAACGAGAUCGCCCUGGACAUCGGUAGCGUGCAGGAAGUUCUCGAAAGAGAUCUCGAGUGCGGCGUGUGCGGAUUGUCCCUGAAGUACGGUAGCCUCGCUGUGUCAGCUAGCAAACUAGGUCUCCUUUAUCAUCCGGCGUGCUUCAGCUGCGCGGAUUGCAAAGAGCUCCUGGUCGAUCUUGCUUAUUGCGUACACGAUGACACGCUUUUCUGCGAGAGGCAUUAUGCGGAACAGCUUAAACCGAGAUGUGCCGCGUGCGACGAGUUGAUUUUCAGUGGCGAAUACACAAAGGCGAUGAACAAGGAUUGGCAUAGCGGCCAUUUCUGUUGCUGGCAGUGCGACGAAUCCCUAACAGGACAGCGUUACGUUCUCAGAGACGAGCAUCCUUACUGCAUUAAGUGCUACGAGAGCGUGUUCGCCAACGGCUGCGAGGAAUGCGGCAAAAUCAUCGGCAUUGACUCCAAGGAUCUGUCAUAUAAGGACAAGCACUGGCAUGAAGCCUGCUUCCUCUGCAAUAGGUGCAGAGUGUCCUUGGUGGACAAACAGUUUGGUAGCAAGUUGGACAAGAUCUAUUGCGGCAACUGCUACGACGCCCAAUUCGCCAGCCGUUGCGAUGGAUGUGGCGAGAUCUUCCGUGCUGGCACUAAGAAGAUGGAAUAUAAGACCAGACAAUGGCACGAGAAGUGCUUCUGCUGUGUGGUUUGCAAGAAUCCCAUUGGCACGAAGAGCUUUAUCCCGCGCGAACAGGAGAUUUACUGUGCCGGAUGUUAUGAGGACAAAUUCGCCACCCGGUGUGUUAAGUGCAACAAGAUUAUCACCAGCGGCGGCGUGACAUAUAAGAACGAACCGUGGCACAGAGAUUGCUUCACUUGCAGCAACUGCAACAACUCCCUGGCGGGACAGCGAUUUACAUCGCGCGAUGACAAACCGUAUUGCGCCGAGUGCUUUGGCGAGCUUUUCGCCAAGAGAUGCACCGCUUGCUCUAAACCGAUUACCGGUAUCGGCGGCACUCGCUUCAUCUCAUUCGAGGAUAGGCACUGGCAUAACGAUUGUUUCAUCUGCGCGGGCUGCAAAACCUCGUUGGUCGGACGUGGUUUUAUUACCGAUGGCGACGACAUUAUCUGUCCCGAAUGCGCCAAAAUGAAAUUGAUGUAAAAAACGCGACUUCACGACGACGAGGAUGACAGCGCAGGGAAGGGAGAAAGAACGGGGGAGCGGGACUUCCGGAAUGCAGCAUCCAUACAGUCAAGCGGAUUCUAUUAUACGCCAUAACGAAAAUCGUCGUCGCGAUUUUAUUAGUUUGACAAUUCGGACACGAAACGAACGCAAUAUGCAGACGGUAAAGAAUUUUAUAAAGUCAUAUCAAGAGAUGAGAUUGCGGGAAAAUAUAAUAAAAGUUAUGAAUGUAAUGAAGAAAGAACUUGCAUUACAGAGCCGCGAUAAUUUUUACGACCGACGUACUUUGACAAAAUUUUUUUUUUUUUCAAAGAAAAUCCUCUGACCAAGUUCUCGUCUUGGUCAGCAUAGUGGUUUUACUGGUUGAUCGAAAGAAAGGCGGCGCGAGAGAACACGAGAAUCGUUUCUAGCUUCGUAGUCAUAGCUACAUUAGUCUUCGUCAUUUCGUUCUACGUGUGUUUGUAAAAGAAACACUGAUACACGUGUAUCUUUCUAUAUUUGAGAUGAUUUGCUUCAUCGUCCCGUUGAAAUAUCGAAGAAAGAAAGAAAUAAAAACCGAAAAGAAAAAGGAAUACACACAACGAGCUGGAUAAAGAGAAAUCAAAUCGCCUUACUGUAAUAAUUGAUGAUUAUCGAUAUAAACGAUUAGGAUGAUAAAUAAGCCUAAUCGUUCCGUGCUCUCGUGAUGUUACUAAUAUCAUUUUUGCUUUGUACAAUUAUAGAGAGAUAUGCGCAUGUGCGCGCAAAAGGAGAGUCUUAUAUAGCAUGUGUGUGUAUGUGUGUGUGUGUCUGUAAUUAUACAUACACGCAAAAAAAACACGACAGUUUAACACAUACACGUACAUGCACGAUACACAUUACACAUAAAUCUAUUCAAUCGACACCACAUCUUUUUCUCUUUCUCUCUUUUCCUUUCUGUACAAUUCUGUCAAUAGAAAAAAAAAUAAUAUCGAAAUACUAUAGUAUAUCCUAUUAUUAAUUUAUGUACAAAACUCAUCGAAAAUUAAGUUUCUAAAAAAAUGGUCUAAUUAAUAAUAUUUUCCGUAUAUAUUAAAUAAUAUUUCCAAAAGUAUUUUUGUAUCAUCACUCAACAAUGUUCUGGCUCUCUUCUCUUCUCUGUUUCCCCCUCUUUUUUUUUUUCGAGAAAAACAUAUGCAUAUCGUCGUAGAGAUUCGUCCCGUAUAAAUUGCGCGCACACACACGUAUACACGCCUAUACACACAACACAUAUACAUAUACACACACACGCACGCAUGCACCCGCACGAUGCACAAACAACCCACACAUAUACAAACACACAUAUCACGGAAAAUCAAACCUCACAUAACAUACUAUUUUAUUGAAAAAGAAAAAAAAAAGGGGAGUAGAAAAAACACAUAUACAUGUACGCACACAUACACACCCAUACGACGUACAUACAUAAUAACAUACAUGCGUACGAGUGCGCGAUGGACGCACUCGCGGAAACACUAAUUGUGGCCUUAUCCGCAUCGAGUACCAUAGAAGUAAAAUAAAAAAAAAAAAAGAAACUAACGUCUUACAAUAAUUUACUUCAUUACAGGAUACUUAAUAUCAAAUCUAUUGUUAUACAACGCGAAUGAAAGUAAGUGUGCGCGAAUUAAGUCUACGAACGCGGAACUACAACAUAAAUUUGAGAAUCGCAAACGUUCGAAUUUUUAAUCGCGAUCAAUAUAAGUCACACGUGCUAUAAUAUACAUGUAUGUUCCGACGGAGUCACUUACACACUAAUCGCCUUAAUUAAUAAACGAUAAGAAGAGAUUAUUCUAUAUUCAGCGUAUCCUAUACACACUGUUACAUUGUAAAAUUGAUAAAUAAAUAAAUGUAAUUAUUUA